UUGGCGUCACCACCGGGGGAAGUUUUCCGAGAAAGGGACACAGCGCCUACACGCGUGGCCACGCUGCCCCUGGACUGGCUUAACGGAGAGGUUGCCUUCGGCCUCGGCGCGCCUGGCAGUCCAUGUGGCGGCGUCGCACACGAUUCCUUAGACUGGACCCUCUCCGGUCCAGAGCAUGCACACACUUCUGCUUUUCCUUUCACCAGUUUCACUCCAUCUUUCCUCCGUGCACCCCCUGAUGUUCUGAUGCACCGGACAGGCACCGAGCAGCGUGAUGAACCGUUCCAGGAGCCUGAUGGGAGGGAGACAGCACAACCCCCCAGCCAGGUCCAAGAGCAUGGUGAUGGGGGAGAUGUCCCGCGGCCCCGCCAGCCUCCAGGAGAGGGUUCUGAAGGCCGGCUGGCUCAAGAAGCAGCGCAGCAUCAUGAAGAACUGGCAGCCCCGCUGGUUCGUGUUAUGGCCCGACCGACUCUGCUUCUACAAGAAUGAGGAGGAGACCAAACCGCAGGGCAGCAUUCAGCUCCAGGGCAGUCAUGUGACAGAGCUCUCAGCCAAUCCUGAGGAACCAGGCCGCCACCUAUUUGAGAUCAUUCCAGGCGGAGCUACCGACGAGGCCUUGCUGCUCAUGGCCAUCUCUCACACUGACAUGGAGGACUGGGUGAAGGCCAUCCGCCGUGCCAUCUGGGCCCCCUUUGGAGGAGGAAUCUUCGGCCAGCAGCUGGAGGACACAGUGCUGUACGAGAGACGUUUUGGGCCGCGGCAGGCCCCUCUGCUGGUGGAGCAGUGUGUGGACUUCAUCCUGGAGCACGGCCUGAGGGAGGAGGGGCUGUUCCGCAUGCCCGGCCAGGCCAAUCUGGUGAAGGAGCUGCAGGAUUCGUUCCACUGCGGGGACAAGCCCCACUUUGACAGAAACACUGAUGUCCACACAGUGGCAUCUCUGCUAAAGCUAUAUCUGCGAGAGCUGCCUGAGCCUGUAGUCCCCUUCGCCAAAUACGAGGACUUCCUCACGUGCGCUCAGAUGCUGGCCAAAGACGAGGAGAUGGGGAUACAGGAGCUAGCAAAGCAGGUGAAGACCCUGCCCCAAGUCAAUUUCAACCUCCUGAAAUACAUCUGCAGGUUCCUCGAUGAAGUUCAGUCACAUUCAAGUGAAAAUAAAAUGAGUGUUCAGAACCUGGCAACAGUGUUUGGACCCAAUAUUCUAAGGCCUAAAAUGGAGGACCCUGUGACGAUAAUGGAAAGCACUUCCCAGGUGCAGCACCUGAUGACUGUAUUGAUCAGAGAACACGAUCGGCUGUUUGCGGUGGCCCACGUGGAGCCCCCUAUUGAUCCAAGGGAGACCACGCUCAACAGCCAGCGUGGCAUGGUGGGCUGGAUCUCCGAUGAGGAAUUCUCUUCCACAAGCAGGAUUGCCUGCCCAACAGAGGACUUGUGCAGCAGCGCCCCCUGUCUGGAUGCCAGCACGACCGUAUCAUGUAUACAGGCACCUCAGGGGAAGGCAGAGGCUAGCAUCAGCCCCAGCAAGCAGGCCAAGUCUCUGCCCGCCUUUAAGUGCCCCUUUCGGGCCCAUGGGAAGCUGGGAGGCUCUUCUGUAGAUAUCCCCAGUCUGUCAGGUAGCAGCUGGUUGAUGAAUGGACUACCGUUGCGGCGAGGCCACCAGCGCACGUCAUCGGGGGGGUACAUGAAGGAUCUGGGGCCGUUGCACAGGCUGUCUACCUAUGACAAUGUGGCCCCCAGCAGCUUGAGCGUGCCAAGUGUCGCUACUGAGGCCUGGAAUGUCCAUUCUGCAUCCAAGCCCAGCCAAAAACGAUCAUUCAACCCUGACUUGGAAAGCAACGUAGGGCCGGGGAAAGGGCUGCCAGGACAGGCUGAGAAGGUUCCAAUGGAAUCGGGGGAUGGCUGCAGGGACGUGGGUCCCUCUACCGAGAGCAUCUGCAGCACCGAGGGCGGCAGCGAGGGCGCCAGGCCUGCGGAGCCCAAUAGCAACUCACAGACACUGAUGAGCAAAGUGACAGAGCUGAAGGAGGAACUGAGGCAGCAGAGGGUGGCCUAUGGCAGCAGAAUCAGGAAGCUGGAGGCCUCCGUCACUGCCCUGGGCACCCAGGUGGAGAAGCUGCAGGAGGAGUUGGACCAGGAGCGCAAGAAGCACCAGAUGCUGGAGAUCAAGUUGCGGAAUGCAGAGCGUGCCCACGAGGAUGCGGAGACGCGCAACCGCCUCCUGCAGAAGGAGAUGGAGGAAUUCUUCUCCACACUGGGAGAUCUGACUCUGCAGGCAAAGGCCGGAAAAAUGUAGAGUCAGAGCAGGGUGCUUGCAGAUGCAGCCAUGGUUUGGUAAACCAUCUACUCGCAUUCAAAGUGUAAGACGGCUUCUUCGAACUGCCCUGGGAGAGCCACACCAUAACUGCUGUUGUUCGUUCUGUUGGGGAUUCGUUAAACGGUGGAAGCUGGCAGAGAUCUCAAUUAACCACACCCUCAAUGUGCCUUUUAGGGUCACUGCACGGGACAGGAAACAGUCUGAACAGAAUGGACAUUCAUUUACAGUUCACCUUGGCCCACUCAGAAAAGCCAUGCGAUUCAAACCCAGGUACCAAGAUAAUGAAAUGAAGAUCUCGUAGUUUUUCAUGACAGAGCUCUCUCUGCCAGCUGUCACUCAAACACACCUACACAGUACUCUGCUUUUGUUAAUGAAGAGUUAAUUAAAUGACCCCCAUAUUAGCCCUCCUACAGAAGACAGUCAGAGGUCACACAUCACAGCUAGCUGGCUGUUAAAAGUGCUUCCUGACAUGAUUCUUAAAGUACGGGCAGUCCAGGAAUCUAAGCGGCCCACAAAUCUCAUUUUGCAAAGUCUAAACUCUGAGCCAACACUCUUAAAUGGCAAGCACAUGUCUUGUAGGUUAAACAAUAUCACUUGAGAUAGAAACAGCCUGAUGUACUUGUUUAGGCGUAUUCAAAGCAUCCCAUUAUCAUGCCAGAACAAUGCAAUCGCUCAUGUAGGUGCCAGUUUUCUUUGUAUUAUUUGUCCGUUUAUUUGUAUGGUUAACAAAACCUGACACACUAUUUCAAAUCGUUCUAAAUUAAGGAAUAAAUGCCUUUACUGUCAUGUGACAACUAAA